GCGGUCCCGAGGGCCCGAGGAGGAGGGGAGCCGGUGACGCUGCGGGAGCCGCCGCCAGCGCCGGACGGAGUCGGCGGCCGGGCGGACUGACGGGUGGACCCUCGGACGCAGCCCCAGGCCGAGCCGCAGGCUUCCUGGCGCAGCGGGGCGGCCCCGAACCCCAGCGGGAAGAUGUUCAACGUGGAGUCCUUGGAGCGGGUGGAGCUGUGCGAGAGCCUCCUCACUUGGAUCCAGACAUUUAAUGUGGAUGCGCCAUGCCAGACCGUGGAAGAUUUAACGAAUGGGGUUGUGAUGGCCCAGGCUCUUCAGAAGAUAGAUCCUGCAUACUUUGAUGAAAAUUGGCUAAACAGAAUCAAAACUGAAGUAGGAGAUAAUUGGAGGCUAAAGAUAAGCAAUUUAAAGAAAAUUUUGAAGGGAAUCCUGGAUUACAAUCAUGAGAUUUUAGGGCAGCAGAUUAAUGACUUUACCCUUCCUGAUGUGAACCUCAUUGGAGAACAUUCUGAUGCCGCGGAGCUGGGAAGGAUGCUGCAACUCAUCUUGGGCUGUGCAGUGAACUGUGAACAGAAGCAAGAGUACAUCCAAGCCAUUAUGAUGAUGGAGGAGUCUGUUCAGCAUGUUGUCAUGACAGCCAUUCAGGAGCUGAUGAGUAAAGAGUCUCCUGUCUCUGCUGGAAAUGAUGCCUACGUUGACCUUGAUCGCCAGCUGAAGAAAACGUCAGAGGAACUAAAUGAAGCUUUGUCAGCCAAGGAAGAAAUCGCUCAAAGGUGCCAUGAGUUGGAUCUGCAGGUCGCAGCGUUGCAGGAGGAGAAGAGUAGUCUGUUGGCUGAGAAUCAGGUGUUAAUGGAAAGACUUAAUCAGUCCGAUUCCAUAGAAGAUCCUAACAGCCCAGCAGGAAGAAGGCACCUGCAACUCCAGACUCAGUUAGAACAGCUCCAGGAAGAGACAUUCAGACUUGAAGCAGCCAAAGAUGAUUAUCGAAUACGCUGUGAAGAGUUAGAGAAGGAGAUCUCUGAACUCCGGCAGCAGAAUGAUGAGCUCACCACUUUGGCAGAUGAUGCCCAGUCUCUCAAAGAUGAAAUAGAUGUUCUCAGGCAUUCUUCUGAUAAGGUGUCUAAACUGGAAGGCCAAGUGGAAUCAUAUAAAAAGAAGCUAGAGGAUCUUGGUGAUCUGCGGAGGCAGGUUAAACUCUUAGAAGAGAAGAAUACUAUGUAUAUGCAGAACACUGUCAGUCUAGAGGAAGAGCUUAGAAAAGCCAAUGCAGCUCGAAGUCAACUGGAGACAUAUAAGAGACAGGUAGUAGAACUGCAAAAUAGAUUAUCUGAAGAAUCAAAGAAAGCAGAUAAAUUAGAUUUUGAAUAUAAGCGGCUGAAAGAAAAAGUUGACAGUCUUCAAAAAGAAAAGGAUAGGUUAAGAACAGAAAGGGAUUCUCUGAAGGAAACCAUUGAAGAGCUGCGCUGUGUUCAGGCUCAAGAAGGGCAGCUCACAACUCAAGGGUUAAUACCUCUGGGAAGUCAGGAAUCUUCAGAUAGCCUGGCGGCAGAGAUCGUUACCCCUGAAAUCAGGGAGAAGCUUAUUCGUCUUCAGCAUGAGAAUAAGAUGUUAAAAAUCAACCAAGAGGGUUCAGACAAUGAAAAAAUCGCCUUGUUGCAGAGCCUUCUAGAUGAUGCCAACCUACGAAAGAAUGAGCUGGAGACGGAGAACAGGCUGGUGAAUCAGAGGCUUCUGGAAGUACAGUCACAAGUGGAAGAACUGCAAAAAUCCUUACAGGAUCAAGGCUCAAAGGCGGAAGAUGCUAUUUCAGUUCUUCUAAAAAAGAAGCUUGAAGAACAUCUAGAGAAGCUGCACGAGGCCAAUAAUGAAUUGCAGAAGAAGAGAGCCAUCAUCGAAGAUCUCGAACCAAGAUUUAACAACAGCUCCUUAAAAAUUGAAGAAUUACAAGAAGCCUUACGGAAGAAAGAAGAAGAAAUGAAACAAAUGGAAGAACGAUAUAAAAAAUACUUGGAAAAAGCCAAAAGUGUUAUUCGUACUUUAGAUCCUAAACAAAAUCAAGGAGCAGCACCAGAAAUACAAGCUCUUAAAAAUCAGCUCCAGGAACGGGACCGACUAUUCCAUUCAUUAGAGAAAGAAUAUGAGAAAACAAAGAGUCAGAGAGAGAUGGAGGAGAAAUAUAUUGUUAGUGCCUGGUACAAUAUGGGAAUGACUCUUCAUAAAAAGGCGGCUGAAGACAGACUUGCUAGCACAAGUUCAGGGCAGUCAUUUCUGGCGAGGCAAAGACAGGCCACCAGCACGAGAAGAUCAUACCCAGGCCACGUGCAGCCAGCCACAGCAAGGUAGACAAGUCUUGCUGUUAGAAUUUAAAAAAAACACCCUGAAUUCAAAACAUACUUCUGUUAUGUAUAACAACAUUUCAGGAAAUUCAGCCAGCUUAUAUUUUGUCUCUCUUUUAUGUUACUAUUUAGUUGUUUCUCAUUUGAGGACUUUCUCUCCUCCGUAUCUAUAAUGUUUCAGUUUCUUGGUCCUUUAUUCUGUAGUCCUUUCGGUUCCUUUAAAUGUGCCAAAAAAUUUUUAAAUGCCCAGUUAAAAGUGUUGUAUAUUAGUGUAGUACUUUUCUUUGUAUGAAAAUGUCCUUUCCCCAAUGGUGUAGGCUUUGUAAUGAAUUAGAUUUUCUGCCAAUAAUUGAUAUACAAUUUAUAUUCUUUAUUGUGCCUCUGUGUUACCAUGCUUUCUAAGAAUGUCUUUGUUUAAAGGGAAUUAAUCUUUUUAUGAUGUAUUAAUCUGUGUUUUCAAUUGUUUUCCAAAUGCACCUCAAAUAACGUGCAUAUUUACUAUAUAAAAUGGUUGGCAAAUGCACUUUUUGCAAAGACAUAAAUAUAUUGGCAGAGGUGCUAAUCAGAUCCUACCUUCAGCACCUGAUAGAAUUAUUUAGAAGGGAAAAAAUGAGUUUUCACAUUGUUUUAUAGGAAAUUAAAUUUGUCCAAAGAUUUGGAAACUAUUUUUUAAACAUAAAUAGAAUUUCAUUAUUUCCUGCUGUCUUGUUUGCUGACAGAUGUGAAUGCAUUGGUUAGGUUAACUGGGGAGAAGUUAUAGAAGAAAAAAAAUCAGGCAGUGCAUUCAUUUUUUUUCUCUUGUUUUGGAAUCUCACAAUAACUGAGGAUCAAUUCUAACAAUGGGCCUGACAUUUGCAGUUUCAACUGCCCUCCACAUCUAAAAGAUUGAUUUUUUUUUUUUUUUGUACACCUAAUACAAGUCAUUGGUAGCCUUACCUUUGGGGUAGUUUCCUUGUUGACUUGUACCUCAUUUGUUUUACUUAUUCUUUAACAUAAACUCUUCUAUUUCUCAAUAAUUCCUAAUACUUAACCAUCUUAAUAUCAGUCAUUAAGAUCAAUAAGUGACUUCUUAUAUGUGAUGUAGUAACAAGUCUCUUAAAUCUUUCUUCUGUGUACUAGUCUGAGAAUUUGCUACUGAGUAGAUUCUCUUGGGUAUUUGGUUGCCCCAAAGUGCUUAGAUUUGUUGACAGAUUAUAGACUAUGUUUAUUUACAUUGAUGAAUGGCUGUCAAGUAAUCAUGAUUGUAAAGCACUUUGACUACAUAAGGUGCUAUAUAAGUGCAAAAUAUCAUUCAUUUGAACACAAAGUGUCUCUGCUUGACUUUCCACAUUGGCUUAACUAUUUGGCCCCAAAUUAAAUUUAAGUUCCCCUCCAGACUUUUUCUUGCACCAUAGCCCUUUUUUUUUUUUUUUUUUAAGGCAAAAUUUAUUGAAAUGAGGUUAUUUGCUUGUUUGGUUUUGGUUUCAGAUAGGUCACCUCUUAAGAGGAUUUCACUUCAUGUACUUGCUCUUUGGAAGUUCAGGUUGCAUUUAGUAUUAUAUAUUAAGUACAAAUGAGUAACUUUAAAUCAAGCUAGAUAUAGUUAAGAACUUUCAGAUUCUAUUCAGGUGUUUUAUUUUAAAUCCUUAUUUUCUUUUUCAUAAGAAAGUUGACCUGAAAAUUGGUAGUGUUUUCAUUUGUCCUCAGAAAUCAUACUUGAAGAAAGGUAUUAGAAUCCACAGAAAUGACUUCAUGCAUUGUGCUAAUUUUUCACAUUAAGUACAGAAGUCUGAGCUCAGUGUGAGUCCUUCUGCCUGGUAAGAGGUAAGGCAAGAAGAACUAGUAGUAACGGAGAGAACCACUGGAGUGGAAUGCAUUGUGGGGCCUUGGGAGGCUAAGCAAACCUCGUCAACAUGGAAAGUUUUAACAAUGAAACAUUAAAGGUGAUUUAAGAUGGUACAGCCUUUCCUAUCCCUUUACCUCACAAGUUAGAGGAAGGACCCAACUGUUCCUUGAUCCUAAUCCGUCGGGGCAUAAACACUAAAUAACCUUGGUAAAAUUGAACUGUUGGGAAACAUGCCUGCGGAAUAUGACGGAUGAAAAUACAAGAGUCUAUGAGCUAUUUAUUAAAUGGGCUAUAUCCCACUAGGUAAGAGGUUUUUCAUUUCAGUUCUUUAUUUGUUGCCUCAGUGCUGGUCUCCUACUUACCAUCUAUUCAGAUAUGUUCCUCUAAAUGGGAGAAGAAAGUACCAAGCUUUUAGAAAGAAGUGCUCCAGGUUUUUUUUCUUCAGCCACUGUUGCAUGCCAUUAUUUUGGUGUUUACAUUCAUAACUUUCACUCACCUUUAUAUAGUAUCUUUACAUUUCAGUGUAUUGCUUUCAUUACAUAGUAGAAAUUAUGUUUCUAAACAUUUCGUGACACUUUUUUAAAAAGCAGGAAUAAAACUUAGCUGUCACAGUGGCAAGCCCUGUUUCCUUUGCUCAUCUUUGGAAAGGACUUAUAAAUUUCUCUUUCCUCAGUAAUAAUUGAUUUUUUUUCUCAGGAGGUUUGUGAUGGUGCCUGGUCCAUCUGGAAGUUAAAAGACAUUGGGCGCCUUAUGUAGACAGGAGCCAUACUGUGCAGUACCUUGUACCCAGUAGCUCCACAAAGCCACCGUCUGCUAGGGCAGCAGUGGAGUCAGCACAGUGUCACUGAGCUGAGGUUGGGGUGAGCCAUCACCCCAGAGUCUGAAUUCUUAUAAACAAAAAGCUUAUUUUCCUUCUUCCUUCUAACCAGGGUAAGAAAAUACAAAGUUAAUAACUAAGGACUAUACAAGCAUAAAAUGUAUAUUCUGCAGUGUGUAUUUAAGAAGUUUGUAAUGGCAGAAAAGAUCCAGCAAAUAUCAUAGUCUAACACAUCUCAAAAAGAGAAUAAAUAAUACAUUUGUACGUAUCUUAAGAGAACUUUCAAAAACUUGGAUCAUAUCUUUUUAAAAUUUGUCUGAUUUCUUAAUAAUAACCAAGAAAAAGAAGUCCCUAAAUAAAAGCUCCAUUUUCUAAAAUUGAUCAGGAUUGAAUUAUUUGUUUGAUGGUCCAGCCUGGUAAAAUUGGCUAGUGAGAUGAUUCAUUAUAAUGAGGCUAAUACCCAUAUGUAUCAGCAGUCCUCAGGAAGGCAUGAAGCUCCGUGCUGGGUGAUGUGAAGGGAAGGAUGAUUUAGGGUGUAGGAAAGGUACACUUUAUCUAUGAGCCGUUUUACCCCUGUCUCUUCAGUAGCAGUCUUGUUUAUUCCUGUCUUAUGAUAUGGAGUAUUUUGGAGCAUCUCUUACUUUUUGACAAGCAUUCAUCUUUUAAAGAUAAUGCCAUUGUUUAAAAAAAAAAAAAACAAAAAAAAACUCGAACAUCUUAAUCCCAAUAUAAGAAUUAUCUUGAAACAAAAUUCUGAAUUUUUAAGCUUAACUCUCUGUAUUUAACCUCCACUUGUCCAGAUCUCAGUCUCCAGGAGUGUUACAGUUAGCCCCACUUGGAACACGUGAGGUUUCUCUGCAGAAGCAUCCACAACCCACAGGUAGUGUAAACCCAGCUUAGUUUAUAGCCACCUGGCUAGGAAUACCUGUGAUCCUAAAAAGGGAGAGGAAAGUGCUUGGCAUCUGGCUUUUUGCUGAGGGCAAAAUAACAAUAAUGCUUUUGGUUGUCUGUUCAUUAAAUGAUGGAAACAUAUUUUGACUUUUUAUCUUUAUGUUAUGAAGGGGCUCUUUGCCCAGAAUUGGCUGUCAGUCUGAUGUAGGAUUGUGCUUCUUAAUAGUGAAGCCUAGGUGUUUGUUCCCGUUGUGGCUCAGCAGAAAUGAACCCAACUAGUAUCCAUGAGGAUGCGGGUUUGAUCCCACUCAGUGGGUUAAAGAUCUGUUGUUGCCUUGAGCUAUGGUGUGAGUUGCAGACUCGGUUCCGAUCUGGCAUGGCUAUGGCUAUAAUGUAGGCCAGCAACUACAGCUCUGAUUCAUCUCCUAGUGUGGGAACUUCCAUAUGCCACGGGUGCAGCCCUAAAAGGACAAAAAACAAACAACAACAAAAAAACCCAGUGAAGCCUGUGUGAUACACUAUAAAGUAGGAUGAGACUGUAUAGAACCAAAUAACGUGGGAUCUCGGGAUCUUUGAAAAUUAUUUUAGCAUCUUUUAAAUUUUUACCCUUUUAUACAUUAAAAGGGUUUUCCAUUCAAUAAUGAUGAUCUCUUUCCCUAUAGUCCCAGUGGUCAAAAUGUCAGCUUAUUUGGGUAGAUGUACAAUCCAUCUCACUACAUUUAGAAAGCAGUCUUGGAGCUUAUUUGUAACUCUAAUGAUGCGAGUGUUUUGUAUCAUGAAGUUUUUAUAUGAGGAAAGCUCUUCUCAAUGUAUCUGUCAUAUAAUUUUUUACUUUCUAUAAAGCAUAUUUAAAUAAUAAUUGGUGUAUGUUCAUUUUGUUGAAAAUGUUUUAGUGUCCAAUUUAAGUACGAUACUUCUAUUGUUCUAAAGUUUCACAGUAAAUACUAUUUAUUUCUCAGAAGUAUAAAAAAACAAAAAUAAUUUCCUCCAGACCGAACUGAUUUCUACCCCUCCGCAUCCCCCUAAAUCAUGGAAGUAUCAGUAUUUAGCUUCCUUUUUAUAAAAUGAAGGACAGGAAGUUCCUGUUGUGGCUCAGCAGAAAUGAACCCAACUGGUAUCCAUGAGGAUGUGGGUUCAAUCCCUGGCCUUGCUCAGUGGGUCAAGGAUCCAGUGUUGCCAUGGGCUGUGGUGUAGAUUGCAGAUGCAGCUUGGAUCUGGCAUUGCUGUGGCUGUGGUGUAGGCUGGCAGCUAUAGCUCUGAUUUGACUCCUAGCCUGGGAACUUCCAUUUGCCAUACCUACAGCCCUGAAAAGGAAAAAAAAAAAAAAAAAAAAAAGCAAAAAAAAUUAAAAAAUAAAAUGAAGGACAGUACAGAUAGGAUGGCAUCCAUCUCUUUUAAAUCACUGAUUAUGUUCUUAUGAAAUAUGUACUAAUAACUUUGCUUUCAAACAGCCUUUUAUCAAUCCAGUUCCCAUGUAUUUAUAACUAUAAAAACUUAUAAAAUUUAUAUUUAAUGUUAUCUUGAUACAUACUUGGAUUCUUCACACUGCACUUAAAACGGUAGAGAAGGGACAUCAGUUUACUUGAGAAAUGGGAGUCCUGAACCUAAUUGUGGAAAAUAUAUGAGUCUUGGCAGUUGUGGGUCCAUCAACAUUUCCUAACCACUCUAUUUCAGCAAUUACAUUGCUCUUCAGUAUUUUUCUGCUUUCUAACAUUUUCUAGUAAUAUUCUGUGAGAUAGGUCUGUAUGUGGUGUGUAAGCGAGCAUAGAAAUCUGAGGGAGUAACAGAAGGCUGUGAAGCCAGAUCCAUUCUCUGAGAACAGAAUUGACUAUUGGGAUAAGCAAUGGCUGAUUUAGAAACAAAUAUCCAGGCAGAUAGAAGUACUAAUACAGUUGAACUUAACAAUUGUCUUAACAGAUGUCCCUAAAGUAGGAGUUUUCAUAAAAUCUUCUGACUUUGUUACGUGAUCAUUCAAGAGAAAAGAGUAGACAAAAACAUAAUUUAUUUUCUAACCAUCCUUCCCUUCAGUGGGCAAACGCUGGGCACACAGCACCAGCUGUACAUAUUGGUGGGUAGAUGGAAGCAUUGAUUUUUAUUCUGAAGCUGUUAACCCAUCACCAAACCUGAGGCAGGGAUUCAAGGGCCUAAGGAUAAUAGGAUUUGAUGAGGUGAGAGAUCUUUGGUGGCUAAAAAUCACCACUAGCUUCCCAUCAGUUAGCUGGACCUCAUGCUCUACCUGGUUUACAAACCAGCUGCUCAGCUUUCUGUCUCCCCUAACUCUGUGGAGCAGCCCCACAGAAACCUGUGUUUAAAAUGAAGGCAAGAGAAGGCUUUUUUUUUUUUUUUUUUUUUUUUUUUUAGUACGUAUCAAGAAGAGCCUUUAUGGAACUGAUCAGGCAUUAACUGGCUCUGAAUUAGAUGUUGAGGGUCUAGAGGUAAAAGCAUCGGAGAAGGUGUCCAUAGCCUCAAAAUUUAAGGCCCAUGGAACUAUCAGAUAACCUCAAUGAUAUCUACUCAGAGCUCAAAGAUACUUAAAUAGACAGCGGUCUCAAGGCAAAAAGAAAAAAAGCUACCAAAGCACGCUGAGGCUUUAACGUAGGCAGGAGGCUUCUGAGCAGGUGUUGUCUGGUUAGGGAUCUCUAAGUUAGCAAAGAGAAAUGAGUAGACUAGCAUUUGUGUUGUAAAUUUCAUGAAAGGGACUCGUUUUAUUCUUGAUGUGUUUGUUGACCUCUGGACAGUGAUUACUGUAUAUACAUUCUGUAGUGUGUCUUUUUUACAUAUGUCACUGUUAGAGAUGAGCGUCUUAAUAUUAUUUACUGUUCUACUCACGUAUGUAUUAUUUAUACUUUCCUGCAAGAUUCACAGCACUUUACUAAUAUUAGGUAAUGAUUUUUCCUUCUACCUUUCUGUGGCAUUUUCCAUUUAUAUCUAUUCCAUAGGGGUUCUUUUCCUUAUUUUGGAACACUCACCAAGAAAAAUGUAAAAGAUUGCCCAAAUAAAUGGGCUUUGUACUCUUCCUGAGAUGUUUUAAGUCAGGUCCGAAGUUCUAAGUCUAGAAAUCUCUCUGAACCUGGGUUGGGGCUACUAGGUGUGCAUUGCAUUUUAUAUUUCACAUUAAUAAGACUCUUACAAGUUCCUCCUCAUGAAGCCAAGUUCUCUCACAUGCAGGCACACUUUAAACUUUCUGUUUUCUGGAGUGGCCUUAAUAAAAAGGAAACAGUCUUCUGGUUCAUCAAAAGAUGUUCUCACCUCUGAUCUGCCUGUCUCCUAAACUACCAACCUGCAAACUGGCCUUCGCUUUCAUAGUUUCCUCAUCUUUGAAUAUUCUCAGACAGGAGAAAGCAAGCACAUUCCAAGAACUGAAAAGUCUGAGAAUCUGGAAAAUGGUGGGAGUGAGGAGAUGGGAAAAGGCAGACGCUAAUGAGGGCAGAAAGCUACAAAAAUAGUCUCAGUUCUGCUAAAACAGGUAGGCAUUAUGAACUUGGCCAUUUUCUCAAGUUCAAACAUAGGCAGGUUUUCAGCUUGUUCUGUUGUGAGAUGUUUCGGGGAGUCAGGACUCUUGCAGUAUGUACUUGAAUAUGUUAGUCUUUUAUAGUCAAAGAGUUCCCUGGUGGCCGGGCAGUUAAGCAUCCGGCAUUGUCACGGCAGCAGCUUGGGUUGCUGCCGUGGCAUCGGUUCAAUCUCCAGAGAGAGAAAGUUAAACAAAAUCAUAGUCAAAAUGUACUGAAAUAUUUCUUGUUCUAUAAACAUUGACACAAAUGAUUACUGCCAAAGACUAGGGAGGUUUGCUCUUAAGAACACUCUCAGAGUUUUCUUAUAUUUUGUGUUUUUAGAUGAGAGAAAUGCUUUUAUAGUGUGGCAAGUUUCUCUAGGGCUGUCUCCUGCAUCAGCCCCCAUCCUACUGAUGUGCUUGGCUUAGUCAGGUCCCCUUGAAGAGGGCAACAUAUAGAGAAGGCUAAAGUCCUACCUUUGAGGGAAGAGCCACUUGUAUCCUCCCACAGUAAAAAAAAAAAAAAAAAAAAAAAAAAAAAUUAAAAUUAAACACACCUAGGAGUUCCCAUUGUGCCUCAGCAGUAAUGAACCCAACUAGUAUCCAUGAGGAUGCAGGUUCGAUACCUGGCCUUGCUCAGUGGGCUCAGGACUGGGCAUUGCCAUGAGCUGUGGUGUAGGUUGAAGAUGAGGCUUGGAUCUGGCGUUGCUGUGGCUGUGGUGUAGGCUGGCAUCUGCAGCUCCGAUUCGACCCCUAGCCCGGGAACCUCCCUAUGCCACAGGUGCGGCCCUAAAAAGAAAAAAAAAAAUUAAACACACCUAUGUGCACACAGUCACACUCACACUCACGGACAAAAUCUCAAACGGAUAUGGCACCUUCUAAUGUCUUUACAUCCACUGACUUCCUGUUUACCUAGUUAAGAGUAGAUUCUAGACCUGCCUCGUCCAAUUCACAGCCACAUGUGCUGAUUUAAAUUCAAAUUGACUAAAAUUAAGAAUUUGGUUCCCAUGGAGUUCAUGUUGUGGCUCAGUGGAAAUGAAUCUGACUAGCAUCCUUGAGGACGCAGGUUCGAUCCCUGGCCUCGCUCAGUGGGUUAAGGAUCCGGCGUUGCCAUGAGCUGUGGUGUAGGUCUCAGAUGGGGCUCAGAUCCAGUGUUGCUAUGACUGUGGUGAAGGCUGGCAGCUACAGCUCCAAUUCAACCCCUAGCCUGGGAACCUCCAUAUACCACAGGUAUGGCCCUAAAAAAAGACAAAAAAAUAAAACUUGGUUCCCCAGUUCCCCAGCCACAUUUCAAGGGCCCAGAAAGCCACACAUGGAAAAUGGCUACCUUAUGGAGCAGCACAAAUCUAGAAUAUUUCCAUCACUGUAGGAAAUGCCUUUGAUGGUGCUGUAAUGGCCAAAGAGAGAAUGAGGACAAAACAAAGAUAUUCAGCUAACUGUGACACGCUUAGAUUUUGCUGGCAUAAUUGAAGAAAGCUAUUUUUCUUAUCAAAAUUAAUACUAGCCCUUUUUAAAGACCUAGGAAAAAUCAAAACCCCAUUCUUUGAAACUAGUUUUCAGUAUAUUUUUUAUAUAGAUUCUUAGCACUUUACUUUUUAAGUGAUAUAAUUAAGUAACUUCAUAAAUCAUAACUUAGUAUGUUCAGGUUUUCUCCUUUUUUAGGUAGUCUUUUAAAAUUGAUGACACAUAGCUUCUAACACUUACCCAGCAGAAACUAAUGAAUGUUUCACUUAUUUACAAGUAAAAGUUAAUAAACAUAUUCCUCUAUUCUUUUACUUUUAAAUCUAUAUAGAGCUAAUGAGAAUUGCCAACAGUUUAUUUCUGCCCCUACAGUUGCAUUUAUCUUAAAUGUCAAGUAUGUCAAGAUCCAGAUAAUUUCUUUGAUUUUCUUCGUAGCUUCUUUCUCUUAAUCACUUGGAUUAUGAAUCAAGUUCAUGUAUGAAGCAAACAUUUUAUUCCAGCGACUUAGUUAAUAAAACAUUUUUUUAAGGUUUAUCAAUUAACUUGGCCUUUUACUGAACUGCGUAACAUAACUAAAAGGAUGCAUACAAAUGCAUCUUUGAAUUUUUUAACAACUGUAAGAGACUAAACAUAACUCUUCAGAGUCAGCUUGGUAUUUAGUUAAAACUAUCCUGUUAGGAAAAUCAGAUUCUUUCCUCUUCCUUUUUAAAUUUUGUAAUCAAGCUGCAGACUUAAUCCAGUGGUAUCAAAUUCCAAGCGACUAUAAUGAAAUUCUUACUGUUCUUCAAGUACAGAUGAGUAAAUGGUAUAAUCCGAGUUCAUUUUAUUAUUUUCUCAGUGGCCUAUUUUAACAUAUGUUCUACCAAAAUAUAUUAUUAAAGAGAAAUUUUCGAUACGGUUGAAAUAAGAAAGAAUAUGAUAGUAUAAAUACAGGAAAUGACUGUACACAAAUGCCAAUCAAUGAUUUGGGGCCUUUUUAUUUGUUUCAUAGUAAUCUUUUGGUUUUUCAAUAGCCUUAGUCAUUUAAAAACCAGAUGCACUAAAUGUCACUGCUGUCACUAACUUUGCUGUUUACAGAUUAUGUAUGAUGCAUAAUGCUUUGUACUCAGAAAAAUAGUUUCCAGGUUUAAUCUUGUUUUGCAGUUUUCACAUUUUGACAAUUGCCCCUCCCCCAUUUAUAACACCCAGUUUGAAUGGUAAUGAAUGGUAAAAUUCAAACAUAUCUAAUAGUUUAAUCAUUUGCCUUAUUUUGAUUAACAAAUUCUGUCAAAGAUUUGGGGAUAGAAGAGGCUUUUUUUUUUUUUUCCUAUAGUACUUUUAAAACUUUUCAGAUGAGCUGGAAAACACCUUAGUACAUUGGAGUUGGCGUUGUAUUGAUUACAGUCCCAACUCUAAAGCCUUAUACUCAUGUCUUAAGUAUUACUGAUUAUCCUGUGAAUUGUUGGUUUGGUAUUUGACAUUGUAGUUAUCCACCUUGCACUUCAGCCUUUGCGAAAAGGAUAUUACCAGGUAUGUUCUUAUUUCUGGUUGACGACUGAAUUUGUAAUUUCACGGUUUCAUUCUUCCUCCCUGUAAUCCAAAAAGGAAAUCCACGUAGGACUCUAAAUUUCUCACUUCACCAUUGGAAUCAAUACAGAUUUAGCAACAUUGUACAUAAAUGGCAUCCAAGCAUUUUUCCACCUGUUUACCAAGUUUACCAGCCCUAUUUUAUGUGUUAGAUUCGUGGGUUUUCUCACUGUUUUUCUGAGGUAAAUGACUUGUUAGAGAGCCUCAGUAAGAAAUUUUCACCAAAAUCACAAAAACGUAAAGAAAUCACCAGAGACAGAUUUUUAAUUUUUUUGAAAUCUUAUAUGGUAUUUCCUUUUGAUAUCACUUAACUCAUUUUAAUUUUAUGACUGCCAACUUGUUAUGGUAUUAAUUAUAUGUAUAUGUAUAUGUUUAUAUGUAUGCAUAUAAUAUAUGUAUAUGUAUAUGAAGAAUAAAGUUAAGAUUUGGUCAAACUAUAUUUUCCCAUUCAAGUACAAAAAUGUUUUCAAGGCUGCAAAAAGUGUACAGUUGUUAAACAAGUUGUAAAUAAAGACUUGUAUAAAAAUUCAA